UCAUAUCUACGGCUCUCCCCUAGCAUCACCCCCUCGUGGAUCUUACGCGGCGUCCCUGUGUGCCGCCAGCUCGACGCCGAUCUAGACGCGCCGUUGGGUAGGUUCCUCCGCUGCUGGAUCACUCCGGCUCUCGACCUGGUUGUUUCCCACCGCGUAGUUAGUCCCUGCGUGUAGCGCCAAAGGGUUGUGGGUGCCUUCAAGAGUCCCGAUUAGGUGCGUCCGUGCGAAGCUUCGCUGGGAGCACAUCUGCGCCGUAUCGGUAGGCGGUAGCUUGCUCAUAUUGUGUUAGGUACUCGUGGUGGAGGUAGGAGCGUUGCAGUUGCAGGUGUGUUGAGCGAAUGCACAAGCAUUUCUUUCAGGUUACGAGGGUUGGUCUGGUGUAGGGUAUAGUCACGGUACUAGCUUCAAAUGCAUCUCUUAGUGCCAUCUUGCUAUUAUUUUUUUUCUUCAGAUGUUUGGUGAUGUGAUAUUAUUUGUUAGUGAUUUUGUAAGCCGGGCAUCCACAGAGUGCUUUUAGUCAGUUUGAGAUAUCAUAGACGCAUGCUUCAAAGCUUGACAGUCACUGACUGCUUAGCAGGAUUGGAUAAAUUCAACUAACUAUUGAUAGAGCAGAUAAUUUGAAGGAUGUGCAAAAAGUCUUUCCAGUUUCAAUUGAAUAAAAUUUAUUCUUGGUUAGCUUAUUCGUUAGGCAGCAAUUUUAUUUACCUGAUAAUUUGACAAUAGACUUAUAGGGUCAAGAUAAUUAUGCAGGAUUGUGCAAAUACUUCUACUUUAGUAAGACCAAGUUGUUCCCUAAUGUGCAUGGUAUUCAGUUAAUUUGAUCGCAACUUAUAACCCAACAGUUCUGCUUGAUAGUGGGAUGGCACAUUUACAAACAUCUCCAUUUCCCAGAUACCUCAAGCUAACUAAAGACAUUGAUAACUGCAGGAGACUACAUUUUGGGUAUGCAUCCCAAUAAAAAGUUGUGCUUUUAUAGAGAGAGUAUUACUAUCGAAAAUGUUGUUACUAAACAGCUAUUGGCACUUCACUUGGUUGGGAUAGUAAUGUGUAUUAAAAAUAUAAAAUUCAUCUGCUUACUUUUUUUUUUUGUUUGAGCAAAGGGUCCAAUAGUUGAUGUUAUCGUGAAAUAAUAAAAAUUACCUGGCUAUGCAAUUAUGCACAUGUAGAGGUGUAUAAAAAGUUGUUUUAGAGCCUGUUACAAAAAAAAAAUCAUAUUUUGUCUUAUGUGCAUAGCUAAGUUUCUAAUAUCCUACUACAUGAAACUUAAUGUUAUAUCUUUUGUCCCAUGCAAAAGUUUGGCUCAGAAAAUGUUUUUUUUUUGGAAUAAUUGCACUGGGUGGUGGGUGCCUUGUCGUGUUUUUCCAUAUGCAAAAUGGUAAAAGCAUCUCCAAUGCUUGAAUGAGUAAGGAUAUCGGUACAUGGCUUGGUGAGUAGACUGCCUGAGGAAAGCUGCUUCUGAAAUCUGAAUGAAGUGAUGCUAGUAGUUCUGCACUUCUGUUGCUGUAUGACUAGGGAGCAGUGGCACCAGGAAGUUAAGUUGGUAGUGAUUUUGUAGUUCUGUUGCAGUAAUACUGAGAAUCUAUGUGGCGUCGAUGCAAUGCCAUCUUAUUUGCUAGUGCUGACUUUAAUUUCAAAAAAAAAAUUGCUAGUGCUGACCAGGUGUUGUACAUGCCCAUUGUUGCUUUUUUUUUGUGGCUGUUCCUCGUUCUCUACUUUGUCCUAGAAAAUCAUGUUUCUUGGUGUGUUGUUCAUUACUGUCAAAAUUGCAUACCUGCUUCUCUCACAUUGCCAGCAUAACUUGCCAGCAUAACUUUCCUGUUACUGUCUAUCCUAUCUUGAUGUUCUUAUUCAUUCCUUUUUGCAAAUGCCUCAGAAUUGGAGUGAUUUCUGGGAAUGUUAUAUUUGGACCACCGCUUCAGAAGUAUUGGGCAGAGAAGCAGCAGCAAGAGGCAGCAAAGGAGGGUCAAGCUGGUUCAACCUAAUAAAGGGCCCCUAGUUUUUAUUAUCCAGCUCUGUCAAUGGAACACUCUGAAUGCUGACAUUCAUAAAAUGUGUACUUUGUUAUUGCAGUUAUGUCGAUCUAACUUCAGUUAUCGUUAGCAGUUGUUGAAUUGGUAGCCUUCGUAGUGGAAAGAAACAAUGUAUAAAGCACAGUAUGAGUUGAAAUCCAUCCAUAAUUCUGAUCUGUUUGGAUUUUGUUUAUUAUUCAGGUUGACCCCAUUGCAAAGAUAGCAGUAUUUCGUUGUAUGCAGAGUACGUCUGUUGUCCUCUGUUGAGUUGACUUGCAAUCUCAGCGUUGGUGUCCUGUUUGGGCCGUCCAUUUGAGCCCCGGUUGGGCCCAUCUCAGCCCACGCUUAUCCACUUUUGUCAAGGCAGGCGGGGCGCGGGAAGACGAACUGCUAUUGUAGAAAAAAAUCCCCGCCACUACGAGCCCUAGCAGCCCACAUUCCCGCCAAAACAAGAACCUAGCCUCCUCCGGCGAUCGCCAGAGGCCACAAUCUCAACCCCGCACAGGAUGACGAGGAAAGCAAAGCCCGCCGCCCAAGCCACCGCGGCGGCGACCGCCGCCACCGGCGUCCAGUACUGGCUUCUGAAGACGGAGCCGGGCGAGUGGUCGUGGUCCGACCAGGCGAGCGCCCCGGGCGGCGUUGCGCCGCGGGACGGCGUCCGCAACCACCAGGCCAUGAAAAACCUCCGCGCCAUGCGCACCGGCGACCGGUGCCUGUUCUACCACUCCGGCGCCGGCGCCGCCUCCCGCCGCGUCGUCGGCGUCGUGGAGGUCGCCCGGACCUGGUACGAAGGGGAGGGGGAAGGGGAGGGGAAGGAGGCAGCGUCUGGCGGCGCCGUGGACGUGCGGGCGGUCGGGGAGUUCCGGAACCCCGUCCCUCUGGGUGAGGUCAAGAAAGCGGCGGGCGAGGUGGAGGGGAUGAGGGACUUCGCGCUGCUCCGGCAGCCGCGGCUGUCGGUGAUGCCGGUCCCGGGCAAGAUCUGGGACUGGAUUUGCGACGCGGGUGGGGGCUUCGUGCAGGACGGCGAAGCUGAGGAAGAAGAGGGUUGAUGCUGCAACCGUAAGCUGCAGGGUGAUACCCAACUGCAAGGCUGCAUUUUGUGGAUUCCUUUUUGGCCUGUAAGGGGAUUGCUAAUUCCCAUCUUGGCACCCCUUCUUCAGAAGAGGGAUUGCAUCAGUAUCAGCAGUAUUCAGUUCAUCGUUGUUCAGUGUUUUGGCAUCUCGGAACCGAAGUCUGCCGAACAAGGCUUGUAGGUGCAGUUACUAGUUGCUUCGUAAAUUCAGUGGCUGAUGUGGCUGGAGUGGCUUGUGCUCUAUCACUAGUGUUGCGUGGGCCUCACUAGUGUUGCGUGGGCCUCCUUUUGUAGCUUGUGACUUCCUGUAACCAGGUAAUCUACUUGCUGCUCUGAAUGGGCAAGUUUGAUGCACGGUUCACUGAAGUUUCAAGCAGGCAGCUCGUGCUUUCGAUGCUAUGGGCAUCCAUAGUGUUAGAUGUUACUAGUUGUUAAUUGGUGACUA